CUAAUAUAUAUCAAGAUUCGAAGCGUAAACCUUUUCCAAUUGUAUGAACAACUUAAGGUAUAAGUAUAUAAUAUCCAACUAGCUUUCACGAAAAUACGUUUCUAAUCUCAUGAAUCACGCUUAAACUAGAGAGCAGCUUAUUCGAGCCUCUUAUUACCAUAAGUAAAAAACCUCUAACAUACCAAACAACGAUUCUUCAUAUUUGUACUAACAAACGCAUCCAGUCAUCCCUCAUCCGCAUCUCACUCACCACCACGGUAGUGACCAUCAUGCCUGGCCUCUUAUUUCGAAUAUUCCUCAUCGGCGUAUCAAUAACUCUGGCGUAUGACUUCGCCACUACGAGACGUAGACGCCUAGAAAGACUCCGACUCCGUUUAGUACCAUGGUUGGGUAUUCUACCACAUAGACAAGGUGACAAUAUUGGAGGACGAAAUAUUCUUGCCGGAUACGUCCGCGUCGGCGUGAAUCGAUGGGCCUGGGUUAUCCAGGAUGCUUGUGUAUUAAGGGUUCGGCGUCAGUGACCUAAAACACGGAAGAAGGAUCACUACAGAAAGGGAAUUUUCCACUCACCUUGACGAUACUCACCCUUUGUUAUCACCUGGUAUAGAAUAGCUCUAAGAAACUGUAUAAUGGCUAAUUAAAUAUUAGACAUUAUCUCUUGUGAUGCUCAUAUAUGCAUGAUUAAUAUUCAUUAGGUAUAAAUACGUGUAACUACAUUUUAUGCGGUGACCCUAGUAGCAAGCUAG